AUGCUUCCAGACCCUGUGUUUGCCAAUGUAGCCCUAGUUACUCCUGAAAAGGAACUCCAACAACAAAUUGAGGCAGCACUGGAUCAGGAUGAGUCCCUGGAAGAAAUCCUACAAUUCCUGCAAAAUGAGUCUAAGGCACCACCCUCUAUCAAACGCGCGUUCAAGGACUACGAGAUGGAAGCAGGCUUGCUAUUCUACCAAGGACGCAUUGUGGUACCAGACAUUGGAACAUUAAGGACAGACCUGCUCUGCAUAUUCCACAACAGCCCUUUAGCCAGUCACCCAGGUAGACAGCAAACACUGGAACUUGUUUCAAGGAAUUACUACUGGCCCGGAAUAUGCGCAGACACUUACUGGCACAUAGACUCCUGUGAAACUUGCCAACGCAUUUGCAAACCCAAGUAUGCUUCCAUCCCCCCCCAGCCACUGGAACUACCAACAAGACCCUGGCAACACAUCUCCUACAACAUGAUUGUAGACUUGCCAAAGGAUGGAGGGAACAACUCAAUCUUGGUCAUUGUGGACAGUUUCAGCAAGUACAUCAUACUGGUGGAAUGCUCCAAAAAGCUCAAGGCUCCUGAGCUAGCAGAUUUGUUCUUACGUCACGUAUGGAAACGCUACGGUAUGCCUGAAAAAACAGUAUCAGAUUGUGGAAGGGUCUUCAACAACAAAUUCCUCAAGGCGCUGUACCAGCAAUUGGGAAUAGACCCCCAUUACUCCUUGGCUUACCACCCCCAGAGCAAUGGCCAAACGGAGCGGGUAAACCCCACAGUUGAGCACUUCCUAAGGGCUUACUCAGGAAUCAAUCAGAAAGACUGGGUCAAAUGGUUACCUAUGGCGGAAUUUGCCUACAACAAUGCAGUACACAGUAGCACCGGCAAAUCCCUGUUUAAAGCACUAUACAGGUGGGAACCAUCACUUACCCCAAGCAAUGUUCCAACCAACGUCCCUGAGGCAGACAAAAUGGCCACCCAAAUGGAAGCUUGA